UUAACCAUGAUCGCCCCAUCUAGCCUGGUCUGAGAUGAUUCAACCUCCUAAGAGAUGAAUUGUGAAAUUGUGAAUGGGACAGAUUGAUGGAUUCAGCUGUCACUGGGGAAGUAUGACAGACAAGGAACAGCAGCACAGGGACCAGAACUCCAGCUAGAUCAUGUUUUACAUCCUAGCUGUUCUCUGGAUCUGUAGCCAUUCUUUGAACCUCGGCUUAAUCUUUUGUUGAUUGAGAAUACUAAUUACCAAAUUUUCAUCCCCAUCCUGGGUCAUUUUUCUUUGUUAGAAUUGUAGCACUGGCAAUAAGACACAUUUAGCAGCAAGGGAGACUUCUUCUUGGUUAGGAACAGAAAUGGGAGAUAAACUCAAAUCAACUUCUUGACUGAUUGGGGCUAGGGAGAUGGAGAUAUAGUACAAAAGAAAUGAGGCUAGUUGGGGGACUUGUAACCUUUCUGGGAAUGGCAGGGGUUUUCCAGCAAUUUGGGCACUGCUUUUAUGGGUCCUUUUAGUUGACAACUGUCAUAGUGCUGGAGUAUGCCACUUGUAAGGAUGAUAACGAAGUUGGAGGUUAUUUGUCUUUUGCUCUGUCAGCCAUCUUAGAUGUCAACCAGUUUUGGUAAACUCACCUGAAGAAGAGGUUGAAGCCUUUAAAAAUUCUGUCUUCAAAGAUAAACAAGAUUACAACAGGGUAGAAAAUCAGGUAGGUAAAGUCAGCAGUACAAGAUUAGGGGAGUGUCACACAUUGGCUAUGGUUAGUGUAAAGAUUAGAAUUAGUGUCCAAGUGGCCUACCCUAUAAAUUUUGGUGCUGGUUAGCUAGCCCUCACUAUCACAUAAGGCAAUUCUUUGCAAUAUAUGACAUAUAUCUCCUGGUGGCUCUGGGACCUAGCCCAAGGCCAGACCUGCAAAUAGUCAUUUACUAUACCAUAUUAUUGUUAUUAGUGAUUAACACACAGUAUAUCUAAGAUAGCUAGCUAUGGGCUAGGUUCUAAAGAAAUAGUGAAGAAAAAGACAGGCAGGUUUCCUUACUCAAUGUGCAUUUAUAGUUUGCCUGUGGUAUUCUGUUAGGCCUGCAAGACACUGGGUGAUCAUUGUCAGACAGACUGCUGUGGGCUGUGGAAGGAACUGGUUCUCCCUUCAGGCAACAGGCUCGGUUUCUGAAACUCUACCUAGGGAUGAGUGUGUCUAGAAGCUGGGACUGGGUGGUAACAGGGCAUCUUUGACACUGUGACUGGCAUAGUGAUGUGGCUAAAGAAGCCGAGGCUACUGGGAACCACCACCUGGACCAUGCCUUGGUACCCGUAUCUGCUUGAGACCAAAGGACUGUGGCUGGUGAGUAUGUUUCUGGAAGGGGAUAAAGUGCGUAGUUUAAUUAAGAUUGUUAUCCACGAUUCAGGCGGUAAUAUGAAACACUAAGAAGAAAAUGCAGUGCUUUAUCAGGAGGAACCUGCGAGCACGGGCCGUUUCUUGUGCGACCUGGGACUCCGCCGGACCACUUUUUCCGUAACACCUAUCCGGUGCCAAAGCCGCCGAACUUCCGUCCCGUUUCCGUGGAGCCGGAGCGUGAGGCUAUGUGAGCUUGGAGACCAGAGACCUUAUCAUCACUCGAUCUGGUUCUGAUCCCCUCUCUGCGUGGCUUCCGAAGUCAAGAAGGAGUCCAGCCUUUGGUUACCCAACACUGGCCCCAUGGCUUCCCUGCAGAUGGAUCCUGAGUUAGCCAAGCAACUCUUCUUUGAAGGAGCCACUGUGGUCAUUCUGAACAUGCCCAAGGGGACAGAGUUUGGCAUUGACUACAACUCCUGGGAGGUGGGGCCCAAGUUCCGGGGUGUGAAGAUGAUCCCUCCUGGCAUCCACUUCCUCCACUACAGCUCUGUGGACAAGGCCAAUCCCAGGGAGGUGGGCCCUCGGAUGGGCUUCUUUCUUAGCCUGAAGCAGCGGGGGCUGACAGUCCUGCGCUGGAAUGCGGUUCAGGAAGAGGUAGACUUGUCUCCAGCUCCAGAGGCUGAAGUAGAAGCUAUGAGAGCCAAUCUCCCUGAGCUAGACCAGUUUCUGGGACCUUACCCAUAUGCUACACUCAAGAAAUGGAUCUCACUCACCAACUUCAUCAGUGAGGCCACUGUGGAGAAGCUGCAGCCUGAGAGCCGGCAGAUCUGCGCCUUCUCAGAUGUCCUGCCCGUGCUUUCCAUGAAGCACACCAAGGACAGAGUGGAGCAGAACCUACCCCUCUGUGGUACUGAGUGCAAAAGCUACCAAGAGGGCUUAGCCCGGCUGCCCGAGAUGAAGCCCAGGGCUGGGACAGAGAUCCGCUUCUCCGAGUUGCCCACUCAGAUGUUCCCAGCAGGUGCCACACCCGCAGAGAUCACCAGGCACAGCAUGGACUUGAGCUACGCCCUCGAGACUGUGCUCAGCAAGCAGUUCCCUUGCAACCCCCAGGAUGUACUUGGUGAACUCCAGUUUGCCUUCGUGUGCUUCCUGCUGGGCAAUGUGUAUGAGGCGUUUGAACACUGGAAGCGACUCCUGAACCUCCUGUGUCGGUCAGAAGCCGCCAUGGGGAAGCACCAUAUGCUGUACGUCAGCCUCAUCUCCAUCCUGUACCACCAGCUCGGUGAGAUCCCUGCCGACUUCUUUGUGGACAUUGUCUCGCAGGACAACUUCCUCACCAGCACCUUACAGGUUUUCUUUUCUUCUGCCUGCAGUAUUGCUGUGGAUGCCACCCUGAGGAAGAAGGCGGAGAAGUUCCAAGCCCACCUGACGAAGAAGUUCCGAUGGGACUUUGCUUCGGAGCCUGAGGACUGUGCCCCGGUGGUGGUGGAGCUCCCUGAGGGCAUUGAGACUGGCUAACUGCAAAUCCUGAAGCCAGGGAGACCCCUUCCCACGUGGCUACUACCCAUUUUCUCUGCUCAUCCAUCUGUCCUGGGACCCUCCAGCAUAGUGAUCCAGUCAGGUCCUGCAGAGAUGGAGCCAGGCUCCCUCUUCACCAGUAAAUGCAUUCCUUUGCUGAAAAGUGGGGCAUUUGUGGGUCCCUUUAUCCUGGCCCUGGUGCUUAAUUUCAGAAAAAGGCCCUUUCAGAAGGUCCAGGUGAAACCUGUCCCAGCAACAGUCUAAUUCCUUCUGACAAGGAGAAAAUGAACCUUCAGUCUAAAAGACUAGCUGCUUAUUCCAUACCUGGUUCAAAGAAGAAAGAAGAGACCUGGUCCAUCCCUGGUGUUAGUGGGUGAAUUUCUAAGUUAAAUGUAGGUUUGAGGUUGAAUGUGGUUGUACAGGAUUUCUGCCUGCUCCUUGUUGAAUGGGAGGAAGCCUGCCAGGAACUGGGCCUCUGAGCUCUCAGGAGCCCAGCCCGAGGAAGG